AUGGAAGUAAAUUGUUUGACACUAAAGGACCUGAUCAACCCCAGGCAGCCCAGACUAGAUUUUGCCAUUGGAGAUGGGGAAAAUGCACAAAAGGAAAAUAUAUUUGUUGAUCGAUCAAGGAUGACCCCGAAAACUCCAAUAAAAAAUGAACCAAUUGAUUUAUCGAAGCAAAAAAUCUUCACUCCAGAAAGAAAUCCCAUUACUCCCGUUAAGCUUGUGGACAGACAGCAGACAGAACCAUGGACGCCCACAGCCAACCUGAAGAUGCUCAUUAGUGCUGCCAGCCCUGACAUAAGAGAUUGGGAGAAGAAGAAGGGACUGUUCAGACCCAUUGAGAACAAGGAUGAAGUGUUUACAGACUCUCUGCAGCUUCGUGUUGUUGGGGACAUUGCUGUGGAGAAAUUUGAGAAGCGCAGGCCGAGCAGAAAACAGAAAAGUUUAGGACUCCUGUGCCAGAAGUUUCUAGCUCGCUAUCCAAGUUAUCCCUUGUCAGCUGAGAAAACCACCAUCUCCCUAGAUGAAGUGGCUGUCAGUCUUGGCGUUGAAAGGAGACGCAUCUAUGACAUUGUGAAUGUGCUGGAGUCACUGCACCUGGUCAGCCGGGUGGCCAAGAAUCAGUAUGGCUGGCACGGACGGCACAGCCUGCCGAGAACCCUGAGGAACCUCCAGAGACUAGGGGAGGAGCAGAAGUAUGAGGAGCAGAUGGCAUACCUCCAACAGAGGGAGCUGGACCUGAUGGAUUAUAAAUUUGGAGAACGUAAAAAAGAUGGCUGUGCAGAUCCCCACGAUCAACAGUUGCUGGAUUUCUCUGAGCCCGACUGUCCCUCCUCAUCUGCAAACAGAAAAGACAAGUCUCUGAGAAUCAUGAGCCAGAAGUUUGUCAUGCUGUUCCUCGUCUCUAAAACCAAGAUUGUUACUCUCGAUGUGGCUGCCAAAAUACUGAUAGAAGGAAGCCAGAAUGCGCUGGACCAUAGUAAAUUUAAAACAAAGGUACGACGUCUCUAUGACAUCGCCAAUGUCCUGACCAGCCUGGCUCUGAUCAAGAAAGUGCACGUAACGGAAGAGCGAGGCCGUAAGCCAGCCUUCAAGUGGAUCGGGCCUGUGGACUUCCCUUCCAGUGACGAAGAACUAGUGGAUGUCUCUGCAUCUGUCUUACCAGAACUGAAAAGAGAAACAUACAGCAAAGUUCAAGCCUGUGCUACACAGAAACUGGCUCGAUGUGGCUCCUUCAACCAAGUUCCAGCUUCUGAGAGGAUUCACAGGAAAGUGAACUCGGAACCCAGCAGCCCUUCCAGGGAAGAACAAGGACCAGGUGGCUUCCUAGAAAUUGGAAGUCUGGCAGCUAUUUACCAACAGCAAAUAGAAGACAAUUCACAGGGGGAAGCCUUGGACGGUGCGGGGGUGACGCUUCCAUCAAGCAGCCUGGACCCCGCCGCUCCUUUCUCUGUGCCCCCUGUGGACUCGGAAUACUGUGUCCGUCCCUCAGCCCACCAGGUGUUCUCCGCGCCCCAAACGGACUCCCAGGCCUUCCCCACACAGAAUGGUCUGAAUGGACAAGGAGGCGUCUCCCUCGCUUCCGCGGCCUCAGACAUGGAGAGCCUGAAGCCAGCCCUGCUGGCCGGCCAGCCCCUGCUGUACGUGCCCUCCACCUCUCUGUUCAUGCUGUGCGGGAGCCUGCGGGAGGGACCGCCCCCGGAGUCCGGGUCCGAGAGGGACAGCAGAGGCUCCGAGGCCCCGGCGGCCGCAGCGCUGUGGUCCACGCCCGCAGCCCAGAAGCGCCUGGGUGAGGAGAGGCGGCCUCCAGAGGAGGAGCCGGCCGCCAAAAGACAAGGCCGGGGCUACGAAGACGGCCCGCUGUCCCUGGUCAUGCCCAAGAAAUCCUCAGAUUCCUCAGACGUUGCCCCUCCCAGGAUGCUGGGUAACAGGGCGUCUGUGUCCCUGGAAGACACGCACUUGGAUAGCCAACUCCCUGCUGCAAGGGGAGUUUGGGGAAAGGCUCCAGCACAUGGCUCCGUUUCUUCUGAGUGGGGAAGUCUUCCAAGAAACACAGAGAUUGAAAAGCCUUUGCAAGAAAACGAAGGCACCACGGAGCCCUCUUUGCUGCAGUGUCUUUACGUGCAGCCACCAGCUGGAUUAAAUGGUCUCAACGUGCUCUUACCUGGCAGUCAGACCCCUCAUGCUAUGGGACCCCCUUCGGGUCAGCUGCCAUCCCUCGGUGUGCCCUGCAUGGUCUUACCAUCUUCGACACUGGGCCCAUUUCCUGUUCUCUACUCUCCCACAAUGGCCGGGCCAGUUUCCCCUGCCCCUGGCACUGUCCCAAACACGGGACCUGGGAAUUUCCGCUUGCCCGGCCUUAGAUCAACGCCUCAUCUUCUCAUCGGCCCUGCAGCCCUGGUUAACCCAAACUCCUCGACACUCCCUUCGGCAGACCCUCAGCUUCAGGGCCCUCACUCACUUAACCAGAGUCCAGUGAUGUCCAGACCCCACAACGCCAUCCAGCCCACAUCCCCGGUGUACGAAGGCCAUCCAGGCUCCGUGGUGAAAUUACAGCAGUCCCCAACUCCAGGGACCCCCAAGAGCACCCGACAUACACAUUGUGAGACAUUCUUCAAGACGCCCGGCAGCCUUGGAGACCGUGUCCCUAGGAGAAGAGAGAGCAAGCAGUCGCAAACCGCCAGCUCGGCGCAGCGGAGACUUGAAAUACCCAGCGGCGGCGCCCACUGA